AACUCAAUAAACUGCGUCCAGUGCUAUCAGUUGUUGUUCUCCGUUGUUCCCUCUCUUUCUCACUUUCUUUCCUUCAAUAAUUUCUUCCCAUUUUCUUCUCUCUCUUUCUUUAAUUUUCUCAGAAUGUGUGGCAUCCUUGCUGUUCUUGGUUGCUCCGAUGACUCCCAAGCCAAGAGGGUUCGGGUUCUUGAGCUUUCUCGCAGAUUGAAGCACCGUGGACCUGAUUGGAGUGGGCUCCACCAAUAUGGUGACAACUAUUUGGCUCAUCAAAGGUUAGCCAUAGUUGAUCCUGCAUCUGGUGAUCAACCUCUUUACAAUGAAGACAAAUCCAUUGUUGUCACGGUGAAUGGAGAGAUUUACAAUCAUGAAGAGCUUAGAAAACAGCUUCCUAAUCACACUUUCAGAACCGAAUGUGACUGUGAUGUUAUUGCACACCUGUAUGAGGAGCAUGGAGAGGGUUUUGUGGACAUGCUUGAUGGAAUAUUUUCUUUUGUUCUGUUGGAUACUCGUGACAACAGUUUUCUUGUUGCAAGAGAUGCCAUUGGAGUCACAUCCUUGUACAUUGGUUGGGGUCUAGAUGGUUCUGUUUGGAUUGCGUCUGAACUGAAAGGAUUGAAUGAUGAUUGCGAACAUUUCGAGACUUUUCCACCGGGUCACUUGUAUUCAAGCAAAGAUAGAGAAUUUAGGAGAUGGUACAACCCUCCAUGGUUCUCUGAGGCUAUUCCAUCAGCACCUUAUGAUCCUCUAGCUUUGAGAAAUGCCUUUGAAAUGGCUGUCAUAAAAAGGUUGAUGACUGAUGUGCCUUUUGGUGUCCUGCUAUCCGGAGGGUUGGACUCUUCCCUAGUCGCCGCCAUCACGGCUCGCCACCUAGCCGGCACGAAAGCUGCCAAGCAGUGGGGAGCAAAACUACACUCAUUUUGUGUAGGCCUUAAGGGAGCACCAGAUCUAAGGGCUGCAAAAGAAGUUGCAGAUUAUCUAGGCACAGUUCAUCAUGAGUUUCACUUUACUGUCCAGGAUGGCAUAGAUGCUAUUGAAGAUGUUAUCUAUCACAUUGAGACUUAUGAUGUUACCACAAUCAGAGCAAGCACACCCAUGUUCCUUAUGUCGCGCAAGAUCAAAUCGCUAGGCGUCAAAUGGGUGAUCUCUGGAGAAGGAUCUGAUGAGAUCUUUGGAGGGUAUCUCUACUUUCACAAGGCACCAAACAAGGAGGAGUUCCACCAAGAAACGUGCCGCAAGAUUAAGGCACUUCACAAAUAUGAUUGCUUGAGGGCCAAUAAAUCAACAUAUGCUUGGGGUCUAGAAGCCAGAGUACCAUUUUUGGACAAGGAGUUUAUCAAUGUCGCGAUGAAUAUAGAUCCUGAGAACAAAAUGAUAAAACCGGAGGAAGGACGCAUCGAAAAAUGGGUUCUGAGGAAGGCCUUUGACGACGAAGAACACCCCUAUCUGCCAAAGCACAUUUUAUAUAGGCAGAAAGAACAAUUCAGUGAUGGAGUUGGCUAUAGUUGGAUUGAUGGCCUUAAAGCACAUGCUGCAAAACAUGUGACUGAUAAGAUGAUGCUCAAUGCUGCUAAUAUUUUCCCCCACAACACACCAAACACGAAAGAAGCAUAUUACUAUAGGAUGAUCUUUGAGAGGUUCUUCCCUCAGAACUCGGCUAGGCUCACAGUUCCCGGAGGAGCGAGUGUUGCGUGUAGCACAGCCAAAGCAGUGGAGUGGGAUGCUGCAUGGUCUAACAACCUUGAUCCUUCCGGAAGAGCCGCGCUUGGGGUUCACAAUUCGGCCUAUGAGAACCAAAUCAACUCAGCCAAAGCCGCCGUAGGACCAGAGAAGAUCAUACCUAAGAUGGAGAUUUCUCCACUUGGAGUUGCCAUUCAGAGCUAGUAGGAUCUAUAUGGCAAGGGGAUAUUUUGUUUCUUAAAUAACACCAAAGAUCCUAUGUGGUAGUGAACACAAAAUGAGAGUUUUGCAUUGCCUGCAAUGUAAUUUGUCCAAGCAGUUGCUAUAUAUACUGUUGUAUAAGGCUUUAGGCCAAGAGAUCCCAAGUGUUGUGCCAUCUAUAUAUCUUAUCCUUUUUGAACACUAUUAUAAUGUAUACUAUGUAUUAUUUUGAUGAAAAGAUUGUGUUUCUCUUAUUAGUUAA